AUGGCCGCCGGCGCAGAGCGCCGGGGCGGGCGCCCCGGAGUGGGAGUCGGCGUGGUGGUGACGAGCAGCGAGCAUCCUCGUUGCGUCCUCCUGGGAAAGAGAAAAGGGUCGCUUGGAGCCGGCCGUUUCCAACUUCCGGGGGGUCACUUGGAGUUCGGUGAAAGCUGGGAAGAAUGUGCUCAAAGGGAAACCUUGGAAGAAGCAGCGCUUUACCUGAAAAACGUGCGCUUUGCCUCGGUCGUGAACUCCUUCAUUGAGAAAGAAAACUACCAUUAUGUCACUAUACUGAUGAAAGGAGAGGUGGACUUGACUCAUGGUUCAGAACCAAAGAACGUUGAACCUGAGAAAAAUGAAAGUUGGGAGUGGGUUCCCUGGGAUGAAUUCCCUCCAGGGGACCAGCUUUUCUGGGCACUCCGUUGUUUAAAGGAACAAGGCUACGAUCCUUUAAGAGAAGACCUGGAUCACCUGGUAGGAUACAAAGGAAACCAUCGAUAGAUUGUUUUCACUUGUAUCUGAAAGGCCCGAGGGGCACGAGGUGCUCAGAUUCUUGGAUCGAGAAUGACGGAGAAGGCUCCUUCCUGAAGACUUGGGGCCGUUGUCCUGUGUCUGACUAUGCUUAGUGACUGUCUCCAUCCUCUAGGGGGUGCUGUAACAUACAGCUUAUCGGGCUGGACACUUAAGAAUGGAAAUUGUGUCUUCACAGUUCUGAAAUGUCCAAAUGAGGCACUGACUCUGGACAAGAGUCCUUUCUUGGCAGCUCUGAGCUUGGCCCCUUGGCUUGUAGAAGCUCCUCACAUGGCUUCUGUCUUUCCCUGUAUAUAUGUCUCUCUGUAUUCUGCUCUUUUUAUAACUGCAAAGUAAUUACGUUUAGGACGUAAUUGACAUAACAAAUAAAACCCUGCCUCCAAAUAGGAUCAUCCUUACAGGCACAUGUUUCUUUUUUUUUUUUUU